AUGAGAAACCCCUCUUCUCCGGCCUCUUCUUCCAGCAGCGCCGCCGCACAAGAGCACCGCCUGCAGGAAGAGGAAACCCAAAACCUGCACCACCACCACCAAGAGGUAGCCGCCGGCAUUGUUAUUCCGUUUCCUCCCAGUAGCAGUGAAGCUGAUCAAGCCCACGACGACAAGGACGCCGAGCUGUCGCCGCAGCGCUGCGAAUGGGAGUUCCGGCUGGCGGCCACCGUGCCGACCACCGCCCUGCCGGGUGCGUCCGACGCCAUCGGCAGCGUCGACUUCGACCCCACCGGCCGCCUCCUCGCCACCGGCGGCAUCGCCCGGAAGAUCCGGAUGUACGACGUGGCCUCCAUGCUGCUGCUGGAUAGCGCCGGCAGCGGCGGCGCCCGAGCUGCUGGCCCCGCGGCGUGCAUCUGCGUGCCGGCGAAGCUGAGCAGCGUGCGGUGGCGCCCGGGCGGUGCCGCGUCGUCGUCCGUGGUGGGGUGCGGCGACUACGACGGCGUGGUGACGGAGUACGACGUGGAGCGCGGCGUGGCGUCGUGGGAGCGCGACGAGCACGCGGGCCGCCGCGUGUGGUCCCUGGACUACGCCCCGGGCGCGGCCAUGGCGGCGUCCGGGUCGGACGACCGCACGGCGCACGUGUGGGACCCGCGCGCGCCUUCGGGCGGCCUGGCCACGGCGCGCGCCGGCGGCGCCGUGCUGUGCGUGGAGUUCGACCCCUCGGGGGCGCCCCACCUGGCCGUCGGCUCCGCGGACAGCCGCGCCGUCGUGUACGACGUCCGCGCGCUGGGCCGCGGCGCCGUCGCGCGGAUGGACGGCCACGCCCGCGCGGUGACGUACGUUCGGUGGGCGGGUCCGGGGCCGGGGCGGCGGGUGGUGACGUCGGCGGCCGACGGGACCCACCGGCUGUGGGAGUGGGGCGGCGCGUCGGCGGCGGAGGCGGGGGUGGAGGUGGCUGGAGCGCGGGAGGUGCGGUCGUACAGCGGCCACGCGAGCGCGCGGAGCUUCGUGGGGAUGGGCGUGUGGCGCGGGGCGGGGCUGGUGGCCAGCGGCUCCGAGUCCAACCACGUCUUCGUCUACGACCUCAGGUGGGCCAAGCCCAUCUGGGUGCACCCCUUCUUCGCGUCUCACGGACACGGAGGGGCCCACGGCCCAGUCACCACCGGCCCCGAACAAGUGGAUACUGGUGGUGGGUUCGUCAGCGCGGUGGCGUGGCGGCAGGGCAGCCACACCGACGACGAUCUCCACGGCGGUGCGCUGGUCGCCGGCGGCUCCGACGGCGUGCUCAAGGUGUUCACGUGCCGACGGCGGAGGGAGGCGGCGGGGGAUGAUGUCGCCCAUGGGCUCCUCCUCUAA